CGAAGAUGCACUCCGCGAAGCUCAACAAACAUGUAAGACGAAAAUAUGCAACACGAAAUCACAAAAGCCGAUGCAAACCUGGAAAUCACGCUGAUAGGCACUGGAACUAUCGGCCUGUCGUUCGCAGCCUUUCAUCUCCAACAUCUCUCUGAUGCCUCUCAGCUCACCAUAUACGACACAAGGCCAGAUCUUGAGGCUUAUGUCCAGGAAACCCUUCCGAAGUUCUUCGAAGGUCAAACCAUACCCCUUUCCAUCUCAGGGAUUAAUAUUGCGACAACCCUCGAGGAAGCGGUGACCAGUGCCCAUAUUAUCCAGGAAUCUGGCCCCGAAAACCUACCAGUAAAACAAAAACUUUGGGCUGAAGUAGAGAAUCACGCACCAAAAGAUGCGUUGCUAUGGAGCAGCACGAGCGGCAUACCUGCCUCCCAACAAGCGCAGAAUAUGCAGGACAAGACACGGUUACUGGUCGUACAUCCGUACAAUCCACCACAUAUCAUGCCUCUCCUCGAACUAGUACCCUCACCACAGACCUCUUCCUCGGUGAUCACUCGGACGCAGGAUUUCUGGAGAGCAAGAGGUCGUGUGCCAAUACAUAUUAAGCAAGAGACAACAGGUUUUGUAGCCAACAGACUCGCCUUUGUCUUGCUCCGGGAAGCGAUACACCUUGUUGACUCUGGAGUCGUGUCUGUGGCCGAGCUUGAUCAAAUCGUAGAGUCAUCGAUGGGACCCAGGUGGGCGGUGGCUGGCCCAUUCAAGAGCUAUCACGCAGGAGGAGGUCCAGCUGGGCUGGAAGGCUUCUUCAAAAACAUUGGAGGCACAGUGCAGGAAUGCUGGAGUGAUGCUGGUAGUCUGAAUGUGGGAGAUGGAUGGGAGGAUAAAGUCUUUCGGCAAGCGAGAGAGACAUAUGGAGUGGUUGAUGUCGGAGAACGUGAUAGGAUUACACGCCGAGUGCUGGAGGUGCUGAAGGAGGAGCAGAACUCAAGCAAGCAAAGGGUUCUUUGAGGAUAGAUAAUUGUUAGCAUAGUAGGUAGAUCUCAGACGUCAGACUCGUUCUCGGGAACACAUUUCGGCAAGUAGAACCUCCAAGUUUUGUGUAAUAUGAACCUGCUCAGAUGCUGCA